GAAAAAAAAAACACAAUCAUUUGUGUGCAGAGACUGAAAACCGUAACUACUGAGCUAUAGUUUCUAGAUCUGCUAACUUUACACAGAGGAAAAACAGGAGUAAAAAGUUUGAAAAACCUUUGGAAAAAACAAUUGCCAAAGAUGCAAAUAUGGAGAGAGACGCAGGUUUUAAUUAUACUAUUGUUAGGAAAAAACUGCAAAAAGACUUGUCAGGUUGCAAUUUAUCCUGGUCUUGUCAAUCACCAUUGUUGCCAGGCACAAAAAUGAAGUGCAUACGAUCAGGUUUUUUUACAUAGAAGUUGUACAAUAUUGUCACUAACCCACCCCCACACACCCAUUUUAUUUCACACUGACAAAAGCAGAGAUGAAUGAGGAGCUGUCUGGCCCUUCCCACUUUGUAUAGUCAUUGGCUGGCUUGGUUCUAAAAAGGAUUUUAAAAAGGGGAAUAAUGUGCCUUUGCCUGGGAUCUGAGACUGUCCGGGUGCCGAAAAAAUAAUCUGUGAGUUGCCACCAUGCAGAUCUCUUGGGCUGUGUGCUCUAUCUGUGUCUUACUACAAAUUGCAUUUCAGUCUGUGGAAGGGUGGCAAAUGCUUAAAAAUGAUGCUACAGAAAUAAUUCCUGAGAUCACUGACAAUACAGAAACACCAAUGGAGCAAACUUUAAGUGACAACAACACAAUGAACCAGGCAAAGCAUGGAGGAAGACACAUACAACAAGCUCCAGAUGCUACUGAUGCUUCAGAGUUUAGCUGCAGAGAAAUGCGAACCACACGCUAUGUCACAGAGGGGCCUUGCCGCAGCAUCAAGCCUGUCAAGGAACUGGUCUGCUCGGGUCAGUGUGUCCCCUCACACCUCCUUCCCAACUCUAUUGGUAGAGGGAAGUGGUGGCGUCAGAAUGCCCUGGAUUAUCGCUGCAUUCCUGCUCACACCCGCACUCAGCGCAUCCAGAUGUCUUGUCCUGAAGAAGAGACUCGGACUUACAAAUUCCGAGCUGUCACAUCCUGCAAAUGCAAGCGCUACACUCGCUACCACAACCAGUCUGAGCUGAAGGACUUUGGAAAGGAAACUGUCAGGCCUCAGAAGAACAAGAAGCCCCGUCUCUCCAGAGCCAGAAGCAGUAAAUCCAAUCAGCAUGAGCUAGAAAAUGCUUAUUAGAAGGUGGCUCUCAGUGAUACAGCCUAGCAGCUCCGGAUAUUUUACGAAAUAUCAAAUGGCACUAACAGGCCACAGCAUGACGUUCUGACUGCAGUAGGUUCCAAUUCCUUCUGCUAAGCUGGGUCAAAGGCUCACAUAGUCAAAAAUCUAUCAUCAGAUUAUAGCAGUGAUGGUCUGAUACGAAAAUGAGAUAAACUGAGCUGGAGGUAGCAACACCUUAAUUCAGCCUGAAAGGAGAGGUACACCCUGGAGAUUCACAUGAGGUCAUGUGGCUUAUGUAAGUAGGAAGGCAGAGGAAAGCGAAGCUGUUGUGGUGACAAGCACACUUUGUUAGAAGUCAUUCUACUCACUUUAUGGGAAAAGUACACUAAGAUCCCCUUUCCACUUUGAUACAUGCCAUGAAGUUGGACAAGCAUGCCAUUAGGGAAGCACUAGUAGAGUUACCACUCUCUGAAUGAGUUUACAAAGUUAGUGAUAGCAGGGUUUUCAACAGUUAGGGUCACUGAGGUAAAAUUGUUGGGAAAUUAACAUCCUGCAGAUGUCUUCAUGCCCCAGUUGUUUCUUCUAAGAAUCAAAACAUGGCACGAGUUUUCUUAAAAGUGUGACAAAUCCAUUUCACACUUUAAAUUAAAAGACUGCAGCAUCAACAAAUUAAAAACUAAAAUUUGACAACUAAAACCAUAUUUGUUUUAGGGACAAUUUGUUUUAGGAACAAUUAAACAAAUUCUACAAAGUGGAGCAGAUUUAUUAAAUGAAUGCUCCUCUCAAACCAGAUAACCUCACUGACGUUUGUUCUGUAAACAGCUAAAAAAUGUGCAUAACUUAACAUAAAAGUUAAUUAUUAUUCCUUAUUUCCUAGAACAAAAUUUACUUUAGUAUCAGCUUAUAUAACUCAAUUUACAUUUUCCAUUUGGUAGAGUUUGGAUUAUCCAGCCACACACUUCAUAGCUCUAAGACUGUGCAAGCCAAGUUCUAGGAGUAGGUGCUGAUUCUGCAUUAAGUGAGCCUCUGCUAAUUUUAAAGCCAUUAGUUCCUCUAGAAAAGUAUUUGGUAUGUGCAACUUUUGGUAAGUCUUUAGUAUGACAGCAACUUUCUUUUACUUAGUUUCUGAAUAUUCACACUAACGUUUGUGUUUUUACAUUAAAGAAUAUUACUAGAAAGUGAAUGGUUACAUGCUGUAUAUAUCCUCUAGAAGUGCUAAACCUAGCAUCAGAUGAACACAGUUUGGGAUUAAGACAGUUCCUCACUGUUAUCUUCUAUGUAGAGUUUAUGCUGAAAUCAUAUAAACCAUAAAAAUUUGCAAUUUUAAUAGAUUUUGCAAUUAUUUUAUGUGAAACCAGAACCUAGAGAGAAAAGGUAUUAUUUCAGAAAGUUAAUUACUUAUUUAUUUUUCCUCAGAAAUUAUUUAUGCAAUGUUUUUUCCUUGUAUAGAAAGAGA